UAAUUAUAUAAAAGACGCAACUUCCUCCGGUACCAUUUAUAAAUUAGUUCAAUUUUUCGCAACGAUAGUAUCUUUACAAUUGAUGAAGUGGGGCUAAAACCUUGUCCCAGUUUUGCGAAUGCACCAAAUCAGUUGCUACGUCUUACGCACGUUGAGUUUUAAACAGUGUAAACGCGGAAACGAUCUCCUUUAAUUUCAUUCUGCCAUCCUUAUAAGUGUCUCAGGGUAUUCGUGUCUUUAUCAACGUCAAAAUGCUUCGAGUUGCAAACUUGGUCGCUCCAAGACCUCGAAAUUUGGUAAAGAUCAUCAACUCAAAUAUCAGAUGUUUAGCAACACAAGCAGCUGUGAAAAAUGCAUCAACUGAGAAAGCAGAGAAAAGUGCAGCUGCGAGGGAGUCUCACUCCUUUACCAUGAAUAGUUUCCGUGGCCAAUUACAAACUAACCAAGUAUUUCCUUUCCCAGAAACUUUAACAGAAGAGCAACUUGACACAUUAAAACUUUUAGUUGAUCCUAUAGAAAAGUUUUAUGAGGAAGUAAAUGAUCCAGUAAAAAAUGAUGAGAAUGCAUCCAUAGAUGAUAACACUAUGGCUGCAAUGUGGGAGCUUGGAGCAUUUUCUCUUCAGGUUCCACAAGAAUAUGGUGGUUUGGGAUUAAGUAAUUCUCAAUAUAGUAGAUGUGUUGAAAUUUGUGGGUAUCAUGAUCUAGGUGUAUCCAUCAUUCUUGGUGCACAUCAAAGUAUAGGAUUUAAGGGUAUACUUUUGUUCGGUACACCAGAGCAAAAACAGAAGUAUCUUCCAAGAGUCUGCAAUAAAGAGCUUGCAGCGUUUUGUUUGACUGAACCGAGUUGCGGUUCGGAUGCUGGUUCGAUUCGUUCUCGAGCUAUUAAGUCCGCGGAUGGAUCGUAUUAUGUAUUAAAUGGUAGCAAAAUCUGGAUAUCAAACGGCGGUUUGGCAGACAUAAUGACCGUUUUCGCGCAAGUUCCUAUGAAGGAUCCGCGAACAGGGGAAACAAAGGACAAAGUCACUGCAUUCAUUGUUGAAAGAUCGUUCGGUGGUGUAACAAAUGGACCACCAGAAAGGAAGAUGGGUAUCAAAUGUAGUAAUACGGCUGAAGUAUACUUUGAAGAUGUUAAAAUACCAGUAGAAAAUGUUCUAAGCGAAGAAGGUCAAGGCUUCAAGGUGGCAAUGAGUAUCUUAAAUAAUGGACGGUUCGGUAUGGCGGCUGCGCUUUCGGGUACCAUGCGUCAUUGUAUUAAAAAAGCCGUAGAGCACGCAACACAACGUGUGCAGUUUGGACGCACGUUAGAUAACUAUGGAGGUAUUCAAGAAAAAUUGGGCCGUAUGGCAAUGCUACAAUACAUCACUGAAUCCCUUGCAUAUACGAUUUGUGGCAAUAUGGAUACAGGUAGUCAAGACUACCAUUUAGAAGCUGCAAUUUCUAAAUGUUUUGCAUCAGAGUCCGCAUGGUGGGUUUGCGACGAAGCUAUUCAAAUAUUGGGUGGAAUGGGAUAUAUGAAAGACGCCGGUCUCGAACGUAUUAUGCGAGAUUUACGUAUUUUUAGAAUUUUCGAGGGAACUAAUGACAUUCUCCGUCUCUUUGUCGCGCUUACUGGAAUUCAGUACGCUGGAAGUCAUUUGAAAGAAUUGCAGAAAGCAUUUAAAAAUCCCACUGCUAACCUGGGACUGAUUUUCGAAGAAGCAACAAAAAGAGCAACGCGAGCAAUUGGAUUAGCAUCGGCACCCAGUCUUACACAUUUAGUUCACCCAAGUCUGCAAGAAAGUGCUGCAUUAUGUACUAAGGGUAUACAAGCUUUUGGUGAAAGCAUAGAAUCUAGUCUCAUCAAAUAUGGGCGAGGAAUUGUGGACGAGCAAUUUAUUUUGAACAGAAUAGCGCAAGUAGCGUUUGAUACGUAUACUAUGGCUGUUGUACUGAGCAGAGCAACAAUGGCUGCUAAGAAAAAUCUUCCAACUGCAGAACAUGAGCUCCUUAUGGCUCAGACUUGGUGUGCUGAAGCAUCCAAUCGCGUGAAUCAGAACUUAAGCGCAAUUUCUUCUAGUAAACAGUUGGAUGUAUUUAAUAAAUUAAGCAAAAUUUCGAAGAAUAUGUGCGAUCAUGGCGGAUGUGUUCAACUAAAUCCUCUAGGUUUUUAAUUACGUAUUAUAAUUAUUAUAAUACUAUAAACACCUAACGCAUAAAUUAAAUCAUGACACUGUAUCAUCUUGAAUCUGAAACUCUUAUGCGGUAGUUUCUUUUUCGAACACUUCAAUAAGCAACUAGCAAUGCAAUUUGUAACAUAAUGUUG